GCAGCAUCAAUAGAGAGGAAUCAAAUUUAUAAAAAAAAAAUUUGAUUACAAACUAGAAAAUUGCAAAAAAGACUAACAAAUCUUAGUAACAUUCCUGUUACCCAUAAUAGCCUAUAUAAUAAACUAAGUAGCUCCCUGAAAUUAUACUCGAAAAGCAUAUAUAACAAUAACAAGGAUGGAUUCCUUCAUCUUCUUCCUUAUCUCCAUUGUUAUCUCCUUGUGCUUCUGCUUCACCCUUCAAGCCCAUGUCUUACCUUCUUCAAACUCCAACAAUCCAUUCCCCGAAGAAGCUCACCCCACCAAAUCUGGUUACCUUCCAGUAGCUACCACGUCUUCUUCUGCAAUCUUCUAUGCUUUAUAUGAAGCUCAAAACUCAACCUUACCUCUCUCCAGAACCCCACUUCUCAUUUGGCUCCAAGGUGGCCCUGGAACCUCCUCCAUGCUUGGCAACCUCUAUGCGGUUGGACCAUGGCGUAUCACAGAAUCCAUCACCCUUGAACCCAACCCUGGUGCUUGGAACAAGUUCUUUGGCGUUCUCUUUCUUGAUAACCCCAUUGGCACUGGAUUCAGUAUAGCCUCAUCACCUCAAGAGAUCCCAACAAAUCAAGAAGGUAUUUCCAAACACCUUUAUGUUGCUAUUACAACGUUUCUUCGACUUGAUCCUGUUUACAAACACCGCCCUAUUUAUAUUGUUGGCCAAAGUUAUGGAGGAAAGUAUGCGUCUACAACUGGAAAUUACAUAUUGAAAAGAAAUGCACAGUUGCAUGCUUCUAAAAGAGUGAAUCUUGUUGGUGUGGCUAUCGGGAAUGGAAUAAUUGAGGCAGUGACCCAAUCACGCACGCUUCCGGCUAAUGCUUAUUAUGUGGGUCUGAUCAAUGAGAGGCAAAAAAGUGAGUUGGAGAAGACUGCAGGGGGAAGACUCCAGGGGAAGUUGCAAAACAUGUCAGGGCUGGCUACUUUGUAUGAUUACACAAGGAAAGAUCAUCUUUAUCACUAUCAAGAUUGGAUUAAUCAAUUCAUGAAUAUAGCUGAAGUGAAGAAGGCAUUGGGAGUGAACGAAUCACAAGUCUUUAAAGUGUCCAGUAAUGAUAUUAGAGCAGCGUUCCGAGGUGAUAUAAUGAAGAGUGUCAAGUUUAGGGUAGAAGGGUUGUUGAGGAGCAAUGCUAUUAGGGUGUUGUUGUACCAAGGUCAAUAUGAUUUGAUUGCUGGUCCGGUGCAAACUGAGGCAUGGGUGAAUACUAUGAAAUGGGAAGGGAUUGUGGAGUAUGUGAAUGCAGAGAGGAAGAUAUGGAAGGUGAAUGGAGAGCUUGCUGGGUAUGUCCAACAAUGGAAGUCACUCACCAAUGUUGUGGUCUUGGGUGCUGGCCAUCUUAUGCCUGCUGACCAGCCUUUGAAUGCUAAAGCAAUGAUUGAAGAUUGGGUCUUGCAAAAGGGUAUAUUUGGAAAUUCGCCUUCUUUUAAGUUUUGAUUUCAUUUAAUGUACUUUAUAUUAAUUUGUGUUUUAAAAUGUGUAAUAAUAAAAAUUUUUAAUUUUGACAAUGA